AUGUCGUCCACCAGCAACGCCUCCAUUGACAAGUUCAACGGAGACAAUUACGCAACGUGGAGCCGGUACAUGCGCGGUGUGUUUUUGACAAAGUCCGUCUGGCACGUCGUCAACCGUGAAGUGACUCCGACUUUCACCGACCCGCGAGCGUCCGAUGACUACGUCAAGGCAAGCAACGUCGCGUUUGGUAUGAUGCUGCUGCACAUGAACGCGGACUAA